AUGAGAAGAUCUUCCUCUUUGUGUAAACCUGGUUUCUGCCUAAGAUGGGGUCAGAAGCAAGGUCGAUUGCCUUGAACCUUGGGGGGCGAGGCCAAUACACCUGUCCACAAGGUAUAUUUGCAGCCAUCCUCCCCUACGCUUGGAAAGAAGGGAGAAGGGGCCUCCAUAUAACUAUGAAGUCACUCUAUGCGCAGUCCCUUUUCAUGUCGUGGGUGUCAAGGUCAGGAGGAACAUGACGAGCAUGGCGUUAUCCCGUUUCCAGCCCUAACCCUAUGGCCUCUUAGUUCAAUCUCAACUGCCCUCGUCCGUUGCUUCAGUUGUUUGAUCCUAUCUGCAACUUCCUAGAUCCAUUUCUUCUUUCCGCCAUCAUCGCUGACUGCUGAACCGCGAUCGAAACAUGAAUUAUUCGCCCAGCUUUAUCCACGAGUUUCUCAGGCGGCUGGAAGGCACCGCAGGCGUAGCAAACGAGUUUCCGGUUUACCGCGCCAAUGACGCGUCGGACCGGCGAUUGCUUGCGACUUGCAGUCGGCUGCAAAGCUUCCUGCUCGGCACGGGCGCGUCCAUCUUCACGGAUUGCUUGAUCCCCGCCAUAGUGUCGGCCCGCCGCGAGGUAGUUUUUGUCACCUGCUUUUGGGCGCGAAGCAAGACCCUGACCGCCCUCCAUGACGCGCUCGUGAAGCUGGCCGCCCAUCGCCGCGCCCUCAUGCGCGACGCGCUCUCAAGGGGGACGGAUGGCACGGAUGGCAUCGCCACUCUCCCGCCCUUGAGGAUCCGCAUAUGCAUGUCUUCGAUGAGACUGCUGCAUCCGCAGUCCCGUAACGGCUACCUCUACCCUCCGUCUUCGUGGGAGAACAAGCUGGGGCUGCCCUCGCCGGCCCUUCUCGAGGCUGCGGGGAUUCAACUUCAGGUCAAGAGCCUCUUCUUCCUCCCGCUCAGCGUGAUGCAUCCCAAGUUCGUCAUUGUCGACAGGCAACGGGCAUUCCUGCCGAGCUGCAACGUCAGCUGGGAGUCGUGGCUAGAAGGCUGCGCGGAGAUCACGGGGGAUGCGGUGACGUCCUUGCUCUCGUUCUACUCGCGUACUUGGGCCGAUUGGGGCGACGUGUCAGACUCCGAGCAGCAACGCGUUGAGCGGGCGGUCGACGACGACACAUCCGUAACCGCCGCAGACUUGACAGACCUUGCAUUGAUUCAAAGCACAGCCCACUACCGCAUGAGUCCUCUGGAAGGCCGGCCGACGCUUCCGACUCUCGUUCUCCCGUCGCCUCACCACCGCAACCCGCGUUUCCGUCCGUUUCCGUGGCAGAAAGCCCCAGCACCGCCUGGAACUCCGCUCAACACAGCGUUACUUCAGCUCUUCGAACAAGCAGAGCAGUCCAUUUACAUUCAGACCCCCAACCUCACCUGUGAGCCCGUCAUCACUGCACUCCUACAGGCACUUGCGAGGGGUGUCGACGUGACCAUAGUGACCAACCGCAACAUGAUGCUUCUCGAACAACUCGUCACGUCCGGCACCACCACGGCAUGGUGCAUCCGGUCGCUUAUACGCCGCUUUCAUCGGAUCAGGACGGCCGCUGAAGCCCGCACGGAUCUUGAAGCCGGCCGUGCUGCUCCAGGCCGCCUCCGAAUUUCGUAUUUCCGUGCAAGGUCGGUUGGUACCCCGUCGGAUGCUGAGGAGCCAGCGCACUCGCACCUAAAACUGACGCUUGUCGACGCUGCAUACGCGGUGCUCGGCUCGGGUAACAUGGACCGCGCCAGCUGGUUCACCAGCCAAGAACUCGGCAUCCUCUUCCAGGACAAUGAAUUCUGCACGAGGGUCAAGGCUGUGGUCGAUCACGUCCUGGACGGGAGGCUCGAUGUGGUUUUCGACUCGGAUGAACGGUCGGGGCCGUGAUUCUUCUUUCGGUUUCCGGGCGCUGCUGGCCGGUACACUUGAGCGCAUAAUGGCGAGGUCAGCAUCUCGGCUGCUACGUACGUACACGCAAAAUGCAACCAUUCCCCGGAACAUCACGCAUCUCUUCCGGGCAUGGUGCGGUAGUGGUCGGCCAAGAUGCACCCCUGUCCUCGCCAUUGCCCCGCAGACAAGAGCCGCGCUCUUCCCUUCAAGGACAAUCAGGAACGUGGCUUCCGAGAUCUGGUCAGUCCCACGUCAAUUAAGGCCGCCGACCGCAACCCGGUCCCACCAAAUUGCGCGUGACGGGAACUCGGUUCGCGGAGAUUCGUUCCUCUCCCUCAUGCAGGCCACGGCCUUGGUCCCUGUCGUUUCCCGGUUCUGGGGCCCAUUAUGAUAUUACCUA